AUGACCGAGGGCACGUGUCUGCGUCGCCGAGGGGGACCCUACAAGACCGAGCCCGUCACCGACCUCAGCCGUUGGCGACUCAGCAAUGAGAGGGGAAGGCAGGUGUGGACCUACUUUCAGGAAGAGGACAGCCCCGGCCGGGAGCAGACGGCGCUGGAAGCUCACUCCCUGGGAUUGGACACCGCGAGUUACUUCAAAGACUUGCCCAAAGCCAACACUGCCCACGAGGGGGCUCUGAAUGGGAUGACGUUUUACAUGGGGCUGCAGGCCGAGGACGGGCACUGGGCGGGUGACUAUGGCGGCCCGCUCUUCCUCCUGCCAGGCCUCCUGAUCACAUGCCACGUGGCACGCAUCCCUCUGCCAGCUGGAUACAGAGAAGAGAUGGUGCGGUACCUGCGGUCGGUGCAGCUCCCGGAUGGUGGCUGGGGCCUGCACAUCGAGGACAAGUCCACGGUGUUUGGGACUGCGCUCAACUACGUGUGCCUGAGAAUCCUGGGUGUGGGGCCUGACGAUCCCGACCUGGUGCGGGCACGGAACCUUCUUCACAAGAAAGGCGGAGCUGUGGCCAUCCCCUCCUGGGGGAAAUUCUGGCUGGCUGUCCUGAACGUGUACAGCUGGGAAGGCCUCAACACCCUGUUCCCGGAGAUGUGGCUGUUUCCUGACUGGAUGCCUGCACACCCCUCCACAAUCUGGUGCCACUGCCGUCAGGUCUACCUGCCCAUGAGCUACUGCUAUGCCACCCGGCUGAACGCCGAGGAGGACCCGCUGGUCCAGAGCCUGCGCCAGGAACUCUACGUGGAGGACUACGCCAGCAUCGACUGGCCGGCGCAGAGGAACAACGUUGCCCUUGACGAUCUCUACACGCCGCACAGCUGGCUGCUCCGUGUAACGUACGCAAUCCUCAACCUGUACGAACGCCACCACAGCGCCAGCCUGCGGCAGCGGGCCGUCCGGAAGCUGUAUGAGCACAUCCAGGCCGAUGACCGCUUCACCAAGUGCAUCAGCAUCGGCCCGAUCUCAAAAACCAUCAACAUGCUGGUGCGCUGGCGCGCGGACGGGCCGGCCUCCAGCGCCUUCCAGGAGCACGUGUCCAGGAUCCCCGACUACCUCUGGCUGGGCCUCGAUGGCAUGAAGAUGCAGGGCACCAAUGGCUCGCAGGUCUGGGACACCUCCUUCGCCGUCCAGGCCUUUCUGGAGGCGGGCGCUCACCACAGGCCUGAGUUCUCGUCCUGCCUGCAGAAGGCGCAUGAGUUCCUGCGGGUCUCACAGGUCCCAGAGAACCCGCCCAAUUACCAGAAGUACUACCGCCAGAUGAGCAAGGGCGGCUUCCCCUUCAGCACGCUGGAUUGUGGUUGGAUCGUCGCCGACUGCACAGCUGAGGCCCUGAAGUCUGUCCUCCUCACGCAGGAAAAGUGUCCUUUUGUCACCACGCACAUCCCGCGAGAGCGGCUCUUUGAUGCUGUGGCUGUGCUGCUGAGCAUGAGAAAUCCCGAUGGGGGAUUUGCCACCUACGAGACCAAGCGUGGGGGGUACCUGCUGGAGCUGCUUAACCCCUCGGAGGUCUUUGGGGACAUCAUGAUUGACUACUUGUAUGUGGAGUGCACCUCGGCCGUGAUGCAGGCGCUGAAACAUUUCCACAAGCAGUUUCCAGAGCACAGGCCACGGGAAGUCAGGGAGACCCUCGAGCAGGGUCUGGAGUUCUGUCGUAAGACGCAGAGGGCUGAUGGCUCCUGGGAAGGCUCCUGGGGCGUUUGCUUUACCUACGGCACCUGGUUCGGGCUGGAAGCUUUCGCCUGCAUGGGGCACAUUUACCGCGAUGGGACUGCCUGUGCAGAGGUCGCCCAGGCCUGCGACUUCCUGCUGUCCCAGCAGAUGGCGGACGGAGGCUGGGGGGAGGACUUCGAGUCCUGUGAGCAGCGGCGUUACGUGCAGAGCGCCCAGUCCCAGAUCCACAACACGUGCUGGGCCCUGAUGGGGCUGAUGGCCGUCAGGCACCCUGAUGUAGAGGCCCAGGAGAGAGGAGUCAAGUGUCUGCUCAGAAAACAGCUCCCCAAUGGUGAUUGGCCCCAGGAAAACAUUGCCGGGGUCUUCAACAAGUCCUGCGCCAUCAGCUACACGAGCUACAGGAACGUCUUCCCCAUCUGGGCCCUCGGCCGCUUCUCCCGCCUGUACCCAGAAAGUGCCCUCGCUGGCCACCCCUGA